AUGUUUAAUAUUAAUUAGGUAUCUAAAUUAGCUAUGGCAUCACAUCUUUCCUUAGGGAGAAGUUUGAUGACUCCUUAGAUAAGAUAUAAUUUUGUAAAUAUUAAAGACUACAUGUACAAAGAUCAGAAAAAGAAACUAGAAAAUUUUGAUAAUUACAACAAAUAAUACACUGGAACUGUUGAAUAAAUUGUGAAAAAGAGAUAAUAGUAACACACAUAUCUAGAGAUAGAAUAAGAAAAGAAGAAGGAUUUGGAUAUUUUUAUUGAAGCUUAUUCCGAUACUGUGAUAGAAUUUAAAUUAUAUGGUGAGCAUUUCGACUACAAAACACAAACUAUUGAUGCUAUUCUAAAUUACUAUCAAGUUUCAUAUACAAGAAUGUUUAAUCCACUAUAUCAUGAAAGAAUAAGAGCAUAAUUUGGCGAUUAAAUUAAAGAAUGCAAAUUCCCACUUCUUAGAAUUAAUAUUUCUUUAGAACCUGCUAAAUUUUUAGAACUUGAGUAAAUGGAAUCAUGGUUAAUAGAUUAAGGUUUUAUUAUUUUACCUAAACAUAGAACUCACAGUGCCUGGGCUACAUAAGGAACAGAAUUCGCCUAAAAAUAAAUGCAUGAAGCUCUUAAUAGAUUGUUUUGGUCACCAGCACUCACUUUCUAAUUGUAUUGGAAAUCACACUCAAAGAGUUACACAGAAUAAAGUAAAAGAGCCUUAGUCCUUAGAGUGGCUAGAAUAUAAUUUGUUUAAAUCGUGACAAAUUUAUGGAAAAACUUGAGAAGUAUAACAAAAGAUAUUGAGGCUUUUAAGAAAACUAAAUAAGACGUGCUUAAAUUAGUUAACGACUGGAAAGAAAUGUUAGAGGAAAAUGACUAUCAUGGUGGUAUCAAUCCUGAUGAGGCUGAUUUUGCUAUGUAUGGAGUAAUAAUGGCUAAAUAUAACUCUUAGUCUUUCUAAAGAUUUAUAUAAAAUGAAUGGCCUGCUUCUGUCAGAAGAUGGUUGAUUAGAAUGCAACAAAACUGUUAGUAUGAAAAAAGAGACUUAUAUAACUGA